AUGUCGGUAAAACCAGUGGUUGCAUCUUCCGAUUCAGGUUUCCGCCAGUCUCCUCCAACACAAGGUUCUAACGUCUACGAAAAUGACACCGUCUUACAAAACAUUCUGAAGAGACACUUACCUCCAUCUGUCAUGAGUCAGGUUGAACCUGAUCUUCAUCGAUUUGGAAAACUAGUCGUUGAUGAGCCCGGCAACCACCCUCGCCUGCGUCAAUACGAUGCUUGGUGCCAACGUGUCGACGACAUUGUCUUACCGAACGAAUGGACUCAGCUACAUGAUAUUGCAGCACGUGAAGGCCUUGUCGCAAUCGCCUAUGAACGUCCCCAUGGUGAAUACUCUCGUCUGUAUCAAUUCGCAAAGCAGUACAUGUACAUGCCCUUCAGUGCAAAUGUCUCCUGCCCGUUAAGCAUGACCGAUGGCGCAGCCAGAAUUGUUGAAUUACUGGGAACACCGGAGAUGAAGCAAAAAUACUAUAAGAAAUUGACAAGCCGCGACCCAAGAGAAUUCUGGACUUCGGGCCAGUGGAUGACCGAACGCCCAGGAGGCAGUGACGUUGGACGCUCCGAAACUAUUGCAGAGCUUGAAGAUGAGGCCAAUAACGUUUGGUCCGUCAAGGGUUUCAAGUGGUUCUCUAGCGCCACCACAGCGGACAUGACCAUGCUACUGGCUAGAACGGUCGAUCCCAAGACAGGUACUGUUAACCCUGGAAGCAAGGGCCUGUCCUUAUACCUUGCAGAGCUCCGAAAGGAAGAUGGUACCUUGAACGGCGUUCGCGUUCAUCGACUCAAAGACAAAUAUGGCACCAAAGCAUUGCCUACUGCCGAAUUGGAACUCGUUGACAUGAAGGCCGCUUUGAUGGGCAAACCUCACCGUGGUGUGCCUAAUAUUACCGCCAUCUUGAACAUCACUCGUAUCUAUUCUGUUGCAGGCACAUUGGCAGGCGUUGCUUCUUCCUUAGCCGUUGCCAAAGAUUUUGCCCGCAAGCGCGAAGCUUUCGGAAAAACACUUGCUAUGCAACCACUUCAUGUCGAAACCUUGGUUCAGCUGGAAUUGGUUUACCGUGCCUUGGCGCAAAUGACUUUCUAUGAAUGCUUGCUACUCGGACGCACUGAGUGCAUUGAUGAAAACAGCGAGCAAGUCAAAGCCGACAUCAAGACCCUUCGAUUCAUUACCCCCAUUUGCAAAUCAUUUGGCUGCAAGAUCGGUAUCCAAGCUAUUUCAGAGUGCAUGGAGGCUCUCGGCGGUCAAGGUUACAUGGAGGACGUAGGCAUCGCUCGCGCUGUUCGUGAUGCUCAGGUCAACACCAUUUGGGAGGGUACUACCAAUGUUCUGGGUUUGGAUGUCCUGAGAGUGCUGAAAGAAACCAAGGGCGAGGCUCUAUUCCACUUCAAAGAGGAAGUGCCUGUAUUGGAAAAUGCCGCAGAAGCUAUCACAAUUGCAUUGGAGAAGGUCAUCACCUUCUUCAGCAGCGUUAAGAACAAAUUGGAGCUUGAAGCAAGCGCCCGCGACCUUACCUUCGCUCUUGGCAAGAUUCUUGUCGGCGCCUUGUUGUACGAGCAAGCUGCCUGGGCUGUCCAAAGCAAACUACCCAAUGCAGAGCAGGAUUUGACUGCUCUUGCCAGAUGGUGUGACCCGGCUGAUCUUCACAAGGAUAUUCCCCAAAGAGAUGACAAAAAGGUUUUGGAAGGUAAGCCUGGUUGCCCGAGAAAACUACAAUGA